UACGCCCGAAUCAGAAAGACACGCAUCUCCUCACAGUAAACAGCGAUCGGCCGGCCGUGCGCACCGGAGGAGAGAUCAGACUCGGGGUGACAUGGCGACGGCCACCGUUCGCCUCUCCGCCGGCCGCCUGCUGGCGCUGGCCGUGGUGCUGUGCGCGCUCACGGCGGGCGAGUCCGCCAAGGCGAGGUACAUCUCGUUCGACGCUCUCAGGGCCGGCCAGCCCCUUGUACACGGGGUCGGUGUCCCGGCGCCGGCCCCGGCCCCGGCCCCUGUAAGCGCCGGAGGGGUCAAGGCCCCGGCAGCCGUCUCAUCCAUGGCGCCAACCUCGACGGCGGCCGCGGCAGCGGCCCGGCCGAUGGAAGGUGGCGCCGUCGUCGUCCUCCGUCACCUGCUCCACGCUUAGAUACAUGCCCUGCAUGCUCUUCACUUGAUCCUUGCAUUGUGUACUUCUACUACUUCGCUGUACGUACGAACGUACUCGUAAUAAGUAAAUAAAAUUCCACAGUGGCAUGUCCAUGUUUGUACUACUGUAGUUACGAAUGCGACCGAAUGAUUUAAUUACGAAUAACGAAGGUUUAAAUUCCCAA